AUGAAAGGCGGCUCAUUUUGCCACGCGAUUGUCGACGCAUUCAACCUCGUGGCCGCCAACCUCGGCCGCAUUGGUACGCAAAGCAUCGUCGCUACCUACGUCUUGUUCAUGGGAAAGCUGCUCAUCACGGCCUUGUGCGUUCUCGGUAUGUACGCCUUCGAGGCGUCACACGCAUCGUUGCACCUCACAAGCCCGUUCCCGCCGCUCAUCGCGACCGGUCUUUUGGCUUACGCGAUCUCGUGCCUCUUUCUUGGAGACGAGAAAAUAAACCGCAGUACGGGUCAGUACUACGCAACGCCAGAAGUCCGCUCCUUUUUGGACGACUCGGCCAAGUUUGCUUUCAAGCACCACCUGCCCGACGGUCAAGAUGCAUCAGUGUAA